AUGCCGGUCUCUGGUGCAUGAUGGGUAAUUAGUCGCGAAGGAUGGUGCCGCUGUGGUGACUCUGUGACUGUGUGUGUCUACUUUGCGGUAUUUGUUGGGUAAUAAACUCAGCAAUUUAAGCGGCUGGUGUAAAACGCUGCGUCGAAAAAUCUGCUUGCUUCUACAUAAUGGGUGAAGAACGAGAUCUCGACAAAGAUAAGGACCGGAGACGAAGACGCAGUCGAUCUCGGUCCAGGAGCCGUGAGCGCAGGCGUCGUUCCAGGUCUCGGGAAACUAGGAGGAGAAGCCGAAGCCGUAGCAGAGACAGAGGCGCAGCUGGAGGAGCAAAAAAGUCACGCAGAAGGAAGCCCUCCAUUUACUGGGAUGUGCCGCCUCCUGGCUUUGAGCAUAUCACUCCCCUUCAGUACAAGGCCAUGCAAGCGUCUGGUCAGAUUCCGGCCACUAUGCUGGCAGCUACGGGUGCUAUAGCCACAGUGGGCGGGACUACCACGACCAUAGGCGGAGGAGGCCUUGGAGGAGGGGGAGCAGGACCUGUUGCGCAGGCAAUCAUCCAACCACCAGCCGCUGUGCCCAUUGUAGGCGGCACAAUCACACGUCAGGCACGGCGGCUCUAUGUGGGAAACAUACCUUUUGGCUGCUCUGAGGAAGAAAUGAUGGACUACUUCAAUGCCCAGAUGCAUGCCUGUGGUUUCUCCCAAGCACCAGGCAACCCUGUGCUAGCUUGCCAGAUCAACCUGGACAAAAACUUUGCAUUUUUAGAGUUUCGAUCAAUUGAUGAGACAACCCAGGCCAUGGCAUUUGAUGGAAUCAACUUCAAGGGCCAAAGCUUGAAGAUCAGGCGGCCCCACGAUUAUCAGCCAAUGCCGGGCAUGUCUGAGACUCCAUCGGUCGCCGUUCCAGGUGUUAUUUCAACGGUAGUGCAGGACUCUCCUCAUAAAAUAUUCAUUGGGGGAUUGCCGAACUAUCUAAACGAAGACCAGGUCAGGGAGCUCUUGAUGUCAUUUGGACAACUACGUGCAUUCAAUCUUGUGAAAGACAGCGCUACUGGACUCUCCAAGGGCUAUGCAUUUUGCGAGUACGUGGAGGUUGCUACAACGGACCAGGCCAUUAUGGGACUCAAUGGAAUGCAACUUGGUGAUAAGAAACUGAUUGUGCAAAGAGCUAGUGUCGGUGCCAAGAACAGUCAAAUGAACCAAGCCCCAGUGCAGAUUCAAGUACCAGGUUUGCAGCUUCAGGGUGGCGCAGGCCCUCCAACAGAGGUGCUGUGCCUCAUGAACCUUGUGUGCCCCGAAGAGCUGAAGGAUGAAGAGGAGUAUGAGGACAUUCUUGAGGACAUUCAUGAGGAAUGUAACAAGUACGGCGUCGUCAAAAGCAUUGAGAUACCCCGACCAAUUGAUGGUGUCGAAGUGCCUGGUUGCGGAAAGGCCUACGUUGAGUUCAAUUCUGUCAUCGACUGCCAGAAGGCACAGCAGAGCUUGACGGGGCGCAAAUUCAGCAACCGUGUGGUUGUAACGUCCUACUUCGACCCGGACAAGUACCACCGUCGAGAAUUCUAAGCAGUCCACCCAACAACCGCAGCUUAGUCUCUUCCCUCUGCCAUCUUCAUCUUUCGCUGGAUAUUCUGUUUCUGCUGCACUCUUGCGGGCAUGUGUUCUAAAGUGCAACCCUGUAGUAGCUCAUGUCCACAAGCAGUGAUUCCUUUGAAGAUGGCGCCACUGGCUACCCUGUGCUAUUCAGGCUUUAGCCGGCCCUUCUGUGUUUUGCCCAAACCGGGCGUACUCUUUCUUUUCUCAUGGCACUGUUCUCUCUAAUCCUGAAUUUUCCUUCUUUUUCGUAACCAUCGCACAUUUUUUUUUGCAUUGCAGUUGUGAACAUUGUGGCCCCAGUUAUGUUGAUUUGGUAAGGACAGAUGGGGUACUUUUUUGUUUUCAUCAUCAUUGUCUUCAUUGUAAGUAAUAUCCGAGCUGCCAAGCAUGCGGCUGUUGGUAAGCUAUCGUGAUGAAUUUUGGAUAAACCUGUGCACGUCCUAAAAGAAAAGAAAGGCUGUUGACACAUGUGUGUUAACAAACCGGGUCUAAUCACGUCAAUCUGCAAUUUCUUUCAUCAGUACACACCUUGUGCUAGUGCAAGUUCCUCCCCUCUCUCUUUUUUUUUUUUUUUUUCAAGUGAUUCACCGAAUGCUUUCAUACUGUGUAGCUGUGUCCUCUGCCACCAUAAAAUAAAGAAGCUGCUGUAAA